AUGAAGCUAUUGAAAUAUCCAUUGGCGGAACAUAAUGAGACUGUAACAGCGAUGGCUGGGGUCGGUGAGAUGCUUCUAUUAGCAGAUAAAGACGGUCACGUGCACGUAUGGGAACAGAAUAAACUAGGUGAAGCAGCAUUCGAUGGAUCCAAGAUCAAGCAAUUGGCUGCUCAAUUGACCUUCGCGGUCGAGUUCCAGCCGGGGGAAGUAGACAGGAACGUUGUUUUUAUGGCUGGAGACGAUAAGACUCUUGUCAUCGGCACUGAGCACCGUGUUAUGGUCAUUGAGUCCUGGAUGGAGAAGCCAAGUGGGUCGCAUGCUACUAUUCUACAAGUGGAAAACCCUACAGUCAUUACAGAUGUGAAAUUGGACUUGACGAAUCGCGUUCUUUUCAUCUUGACCGCUGGUGCGAAUGCAAUCAAUCUAUUCGACGUGAACUCACUUAAAAUUUUGGGCAAAAUAGAUCUAGCGGAUGCUGUGAAACCUAUCACUGGGAUAGUGGACCCUAUGGGACAGAUAUUUACCGUUCUAGCUGCCGAUCGAUCCAUGCUGGUGUAUCAGUAUAAUGAAAAAGGUGCUUUUAAAGUGAUUAACAAGUUUUCACAGUAUGUCAAGGUUGAUCCUCUAAGAUACAAUAUAACCAUGCCCCCACAGGCAGAUAUCUUACCAGUAAGGAACACGGUGAAGGGUAGCCUGGGAUCUUCUUCUGCAACUAUACUCCUGCUCGAUAGAAACAACAAUUUCCAUGUAGCUUCAACGCUGGUGUCGCCACCUACAGGUGAAUGUCAGAGCUUGAAAUUCUCACCGAAAGUCUAUGCCAAGACUAAGAAGGGUAUCAGGAACGAUUAUAAUCUUUUGGCAACAUCGGGCUCUAAGCAGGGUUCCGUUGUAGUCUGGAAUACUAAACGUGUCAAACCGCUGUUUGGCGCAAUACAAAUCUCUGAGAGCCCGAUCUUAGAACUUGUUUGGUCAGCCGAUGGACUGAAGCUAUUUGCUAUUUCAAAUGACAAUGUUCUUUAUAAUUUUGCAUUCCAGGAGACCGAUCUUGGUGAAACUUUACCACAGGCAGAAGUGGACCUUCUUUCACAGAAAAUCAAGGUGCUUGUACCUCUGCCAGAACCAGAGGUAGUCAACGAAGCAUCAAUCAAGACCUUAGUCAAGACCGAGGAUGACACUGUGUCUUUAGUGCAGAAAAAUGAACAGCCUAAGGGCCCUGUCAAGAAAAAUGGUAAGAAGAAAGCGGAACAACAAACAGUGAAGAAGACACAGGGUACUUCGAUGGAGUUCAAUGCACCUUCUUAUAGUGUACCGAAAGAUUUAAAGAGGCAGCCGAAGGCGGAUCCCAAUAAAGAAGUGAACGGUACGAAAAAACAGAAGAAGGAUCUCGAACCUAUUGAUUUUUUAGACACAAGCUUGGCCUCGCCACUUGUAGCAUUCUCAAAGGUGCGAUUAGCAACACCAAAGAUCCGACUAUCCUUCGACUACAAACCUCCACUGGAUCAAAAUUUUACGCUGGAAGUAAAAAAUGGCUCUGGUAAUGAACAAAAGCCGACAAUUCUGAAGCUCAUUUCUAAAUUGGAAGAAGGGGAAAGGACUUUGUUUCAAGACUUUAUUCCAAAAUUUAUCACAAUGUGCACCUCAGGCAACAAUUUCUGGGCUUGCUGCACAAGCGAUGGAUUUAUCUAUGUCUAUUCAGACACGGGUAAAAAGGUGCUACCUCCACUCUGUCUUGGCGUGCCUUGUAGCUUUCUUGAAGCUUGUUCUUCAUACCUUUUAUGUCUGACUAGUGUGGGUCAAUUGUAUUGUUGGGACAUCGAAAAUAAAAAACUGCAUUUCCCUAUUAAUACCGUAUUCUCACUUCUCAGCCCAACGCUACGUUAUUCUGAUGACAUAUUGACUCGAGCUGAAAACAUAACGAUAUGCGCUGUUACAGCUAAUGGGGUUCCACUAGCGACUUUGAGUAACGGUGAUGGGUUUAUGUUUGACAAAGACUUGGAAACAUGGCUCUUAAUCAGUGAUGGUUGGUGGGCUUACGGUUCCCAAUACUGGGAUAUGACGAAUUCAAACAAUCUACUGGGCUCCGUUACCGCCGACGACGGAAGAGAUAAAGCUUGGAAUUCUAGUGACGCUCACCAGUUGGCGUCUACAAUAAGAGACGACAAAAAAAGUAUAAUCAAUUUUGUUGAGCGUAAGACCAAUGACGAGCUGAGCCGUAAAGGGCGUAUUAAAAACUUGCAAAGGUUUGCUAGGACAAUUCUAAUGAAGGAGGGAUUUGAGAAUAUGGAGGAGAUUGUAACUUUAUCACACCUGGAAAAUAGGCUGCUGGUAACUUUGAGACUUGAAGAAAAUAAAGAGUUCUCAAAAAUUCUGAUAAUAUAUUGUAUCAGAUUGAGUGAGCUCGGGUAUACAGAUCGAUUGGACGACGUUUUGCAAUGGCUUUACAAUGAUGGCGACUGCAACAGCAGUAUGUUAGCUGGGAUCUCCAGAAAAGAUCAUCUAAAGGAUGUUCUUGUAGCAUGCGCAGAUAUAAGGCAUGUACAAAGAGUCACAAAUAGCUAUGCCAGUGCCUUAGGAUUGUUAAACGAGCCAAUCUAA